CCUUCACCCGCUGGCCAUCGACGACGCCCUGGUCCCUGGCCACGUCUGCAGGCUGUUCCGGUCGGGCGCGUGCUCGCGGGGCGAAAAUUGCCCGCUGCUGCACUCGUGGCCGGCGAAGGUGUCCACCACCGCCAGCGGAGACUUCAGCAGCACCGGCAGCGGCACGCUGAGCGACCCUGGGCUGGAGAAGGACGGCCACGACAGCCAGGAAGACCUCAGCUGCUGGAGCUGGAGCACCAGCUCCGAAGGCCAGAGCUGGGCGGACCUGCCGGAGGUGCUCUGGGUCCUGGUGCCGGCGCCGCUGCCGCAGCCGCCGGGCGUGGGCGGCGGGGCCAGCGGUCGGGCCGCUGCCGCCCCGAGCGCCGCGGCCCCUCCGAGCCCUGCCAGCGGUGGGCUCCCGUCUUGCUCGGGCCGCAUCCCGAACAUCCCCGAGUUCACCCCCAGCUGGGGCUGUCCGAAGGUCAUCCCGCAGGAGCUCCCCGCACCACCGCCCAAGGCCAAGUCGGCGGCGCGGCCGCGGCAGCGGAUGUUGAUGGAGAAAUGGGUGACGCUGGGGGCGAGGCACGGCGCCGCGGCGGCGGAGCUGGUGGAGGCCGCCCGCCGCGCGCUGUCCCGCCCGCGGGCCCCCCGCCGGUGCGAGCCGCGGGCGCAGUCGGCCUCGCCCCCGAGGCCAGGGGUGCGGCCGGCGUCGCCGAAGAAGCAGAGGUGCAGCGGCAAUGACGAGGACGACUCCGGCGACUCCGGGGACGACGAGGGCGGCAGCGCCAUCGUGCGCACGAAGGUGUCGUUGUGA